AAUUAGCAUCCACUUCUUGGUUGACAGACAAACUUUCCAAUAGCAAGGAAGGAGGCGGGAUUUCAAUAUCUUCUCGGAUAGAGGUUCAUGGACAGUGGACCUCUGCACUCGGUUGGUGCUGAAAAUAUGUAUCGGUUUCGGGCACCUCCGUACAAUCUACCUGCCGAUAUCGUUCGUGUCUUGGAUUAAAACACGCCUAGCCGUUUUCUAAACACAUGCACCGAAGGCCUCGACCAGUGAAAACGAACAGCUUAGAUACUUAUCUUUUAGGCGUAUACUGUACCGUAAUGGAGAAGGACAAUGUAGCUAUCUAGCCAAAUUGCUAACACAGAGGACCCAGCACCAAAACUUCGUAUGGAGAUUAAAACGGUUAUCGAUCUAAUCUAUCAACGGAGGACAUUCAACCGUUUUGGGAUUUAUUCAGUCACGGAGCCGGUGUGAAUCCAUAUAACUAACGUUACAGGUGCCCAUGGCUGUCGGAGCAGUUCUCGGUUGUCGUGCCGAUCUACAACGGUGUCGUCUUCCUGUUCGUCCUGGCCAACUUCUGCAUGGCCACUUUCAUGGACCCGGGCAUCUUCCCCAGAGCGGAUGAGGAUGAGGACAAGGAGGAUGAUUUCCGCGCUCCGCUCUAUAAGACAGUUGAGAUCCGAGGCAUCCAGGUCAGGAUGAAAUGGUGUUCCACCUGCCGCUUCUACAGACCGCCCCGCUGCUCACACUGCUCCGUGUGUGACAACUGUGUGGAGGACUUUGACCACCACUGCCCGUGGGUGAACAACUGUAUCGGCCGGAGGAACUACCGUCACUUCUUCCUCUUCCUGCUGUCGCUGACGGUCCACAUCACGGGAGUGUUUGGCUUCGGCCUGCUAUACGUCCUCUACCACACACAGCAGCUGGACAGGGUCCACUCUGCCGUCACUAUGGCAGUGAUGUGUGUGGCUGGUCUCUUCUUCAUCCCGGUGGCUGGUCUCACUGGCUUCCACAUGGUACUGGUGGCCCGCGGGAGAACCACCAACGAGCAGGUGACGGGGAAGUUCAGGGGAGGAGUGAACCCUUUCACUAAUGGCUGUUGGAAGAACGUUUCUCACGUGCUCUGCAGCUCCCAAGCCCCCAGGUACCUGGGGAGGAAGAGGAAGCCUCACGGUGUGGUUGUCCAGCCUCCGUUCCUCCGGCCACAGCUCACUGACACCCAGCUGGCCGCCAAGGUCCUCGACAACGGUAUCCACGGAGACCUUCACCGGUCUAAGAGUAGUCUGGAGAUGAUGGAGAGUCAGUCGUGUGAUGCGGAGCCCCCUCCUCCCCCCAAACCGGAGCUCAGGUACCCCGGCCUGUCCAGAGGCCACCAGGAACAACACACCGAGGAGAGUAGUCUUCUGAACAAAGCCCCGCCCACACCCACCAUGUAUAAAUACAGGCCGACCUAUAGCAGUCCGGGAAAGAACCACACUGCCCUCACUCAUGCCUACGCCAACCAGAUGAGUCGAGGGGACAGUCUGAAGGAGUCGUCUUCUCUGCUCCAGUCCAGCCAGCAGCCUGGCUUCCGCUCUGAACCCAGCCUGGAUGGGAGAGAGGCCCCAGGGGAGAGAGGGGGAGGAGGAGGAUUGGGAGGAGGUGGAGACAGACCCGGAGGAGGGGGGUCAGUAGGGGGGGCACCAGGGUCAGGGGGUGGCGGUAUCCCCGGUUACUCCCUUGGGGGACGUUCCUACCCCUCCUUUUCAGACCCAACGGUUCUAUCUUCCGGUGGAGGGGGAGGGGCUUCCCGUUCUUCCAGCGUGCGUUCUGGCUCCGCCCACAAUGCGGCCCACGUCUCCGAGGCGACGACCUCCACGAGCUACAAGAGCCUGGCCAAUCAGACGCCUCCUCCGCGCAACGGCAGCCUAUCGUACGACAGCCUGCUCACGCCCUCCGAGAGCCCCGACUUUGAGUUGGCCGCACACGACAUGUCGCCCGGACGCCACCGUACCCCCGCCCCGCCCCCCGUCCUGGGCUACUCCUCCCCCUACCUGUCGGCCCAGCUCAGCCAGCAGAGAGACGCAGAGCUCCACCAGCCCUCCGCCUCUUCCGUAGCCCUCCUUUCCUCCCCACACCGCGCCCACUAUCUCCGCGCCUCCUCUUCCUCCCCCCUGCCUCCCCCUGAGAGGGAGCGACUCCUCCAGGAAUCGCACUCCCACUCCCACCACUCUCAGCCCCCUCCCUCCUCCGCGGCCCCCCAACCCCCCCACCCACACCACCACCACCACCACAGCAGCCACAGCUCCAGACCCCCCCGCUUCUCCCGGCCCCCGCUCCUGUCCGACUCGGCCGCCCCCCACCAUUACCCGUACCGCACCCGGUCCACGGACACCCCCCUGGCCCCCUCCACGCACCCCCCGCGCUCCCCCCACCCCCCGCCGCUGGGGAAGUCUCUGUCGUACUCUUCGGCGGCGGCGGCGGCGAUGCAGUACCGGAUGGUGCGCAAGGCGUCGGCCGGAGGGGGAGGGGGGGGCGGGAUCCAGGCACCUAAGGACGAGAUUCAGAUGGAGUUGCUCAGCCGAACGAACGGGCAGCCCAGGUCCUCCCUUUCCUCCUCAGGCUCCACCCCUUCCUCCCCCUCUCACUCAAUCAGCAUGUCCACUCGCCCCGGACAGGCCUAUCCCAGCCCUGGAAACACCCAGAGCCCCGCCCACAAGCUGGGGGGCGGGGUGAAGAAGGUGACGGGCGUCGGCGGGACCACCUAUGAGAUUUCAGUCUGAGUUUGACGGACGGCCACUCCGACUAAUGGUGUCAGGGGUUGGAGGUGAAGGAGGGGUCAGAGAUGGACUGAUGAUAUUUCUGCCUCGAACCCUUCAGGAGAGAGGAAAGCUUUGAAUGAACAGACGUUUAAAAAGUUGGGUGAUGAGGAAGAGUGAAACAACUGACUUUUCUUGCUCUUCUUCCAAAUGCGAUGGAGUCCGGACUUCCUCUCUCGUUCAGAGACCUCCAGUCAAGGAACUACAGAACUAAUCGGGAGGAAGUUGUUUAACCAGUCACAUUCAAGAACACAAUGCACCAUUAUGACAUGGUGGGCGUAUGGGCCCAGGGAUCCAAUCAUACCCCUUAAGAGGCGGGACUCUUUGACAAUCUACCAAUUUCUGGGCGGGUUGAACUCUGUGGGAAUGAUUGAGUGACAGUUAUGACUGGGUUUGCCUUUUAUUGGAUAAAACAAGGAAGAUCAACAUGGCUGCGUUUACACAGGCAGCCGAAUUCUGAUCCUUUCUUCUUUUUUUUUUACCAAUCUGAUCAGCUCUGAAAAAGAGCUGAUGUAAAAGGAUCUGAUCUGAUUGAGCAAAAUAAAUCUGAGUUGGGCUGCCUGUGUAAACAGAGCCCAUAUUUUUGAAAAAGAAAUGUGCUUUCAUUCAUUCAUAAAUGUGUAAUGAUUAAUUCUCUGUACAGAAUUAUAUGGUUUGGAAUUUAUGGUGAUUUCCUCCAAUCAGUGGCAUUUAAAGGUUACAGCGACAUGCUCCGGCCACAUUUGACCACUGUGAUUGGCUAGUGAUCUCACUGCCAUUCUCUCUAGACCAAUCAGAAAUGGAGAUGCUAAACUGUAGUAGACGGCAUUGUCAUUGGUAGAGUUUGUUUUGCCUGGCUCAGUGCCCCGGUGGAUGGAGAUUUCACUUAAGGACCAAUGGAAUGGUUAAAAAAAUAAAUAUCGUUGGGUCUGUACUUUAAAGAUGGAGCAGCCUUUUCUAAACAAACUUUGGGGCAUUGGCCUUGAAAAGGAGAGAAGUGUUUUUUUUAUUUUACUUAUUUAAUUUCAAAAUGUUAUUUUAUAUUAAUUUCUAUAUAUAUAUAUAUAUAUAUAUAUAUAUAUAUAUAUAUAUAUAUAUAUAUAUAUAGCUGUUGAUAAGAUCAAGAUUUUUGUUGAAUGGCCUGAUAGAGUUUUUCUGGUUUGAGUUAAUUUCAGAAUUGUAACCAAACAGGAAAAAACUGUUGCCAUGUUCAUGUGCUAGUCGGAACUUGGACAUUUCUGACUUGCUAACUGGCUAACAUGUGCCGCGUUUAACCAGUUAGCAAGUUGAAAAUGUCAGUUUCCCAGUACCGAUUUAGCGCUAGAGCGCGGCUCAGUUGUAUUGAUGGCUGCACCAGCCAAUCAGAGGCUGGGUUUUGAGUCUUCAGCCAAAGAGAGUAGCUGGACAAUUUUAUAUGGUUCAGCAAAUGGGAACCAAUGUAUUUGAUAAAAUAAGGCGAUGUAGCAUUUUAAAGUCCUUUGAUACACAGUAAACCACUCGACUUCUCGCGGGGCAUAUUUCAGAGAUAAGUUAUCGUUGUACCUUCUGAUUGUUGAAAUGGCACCCUAUUCACUAUAUAGUGCACUACUUUUGACCAGGACCUAGAAGGCUCUGGUCAAAAGCCGUGCACUACGUAGGGAAAAGGGAGCCAUAACACACACAACCAAUGUUUUGUUUUAUUGGACCAGAUAAUAACAUCUCCGGUUGCCACUAGCUGACCUAUCUGGAAACUAGCGAGGAUCACAUGCUUUGCCGUGACCAAUCCGUAGAGAGCAAGAGAUUCAUGUCAGCCUACUCUUUUAUUCGUGAAUGGUUAAACCAAUGAGAUGAACAGCUGGGGAAAUCAUUUUUAUAUUUAUUUUUUACUUUCCUUUGCAAGAUUUUAGGACAAUUUACAGGGCAUUGCUUUAGACUGACCGCUUGUUUGACCAGUCAGGAGCGUAGAAUGAAACUAAAUGGGCUAGAACUAAAAGAGCACGUCGCCCAAUAAGGCAAAGACGUUUGACUCCCAUCAGGAACAGCCAAUGCCCUUGCAGAUGAUGUUUAGACAAGUACGAGCCCGGGACUUGGGUGUUUGAAAUUAAAAUUUAAAAAAAGAUAUGUACUGUAUAGCUGUGUGUGUGGGCGUGUGCGUGUGUGUUUGAGCAUUGGUAAUAAAGUAUUUAAAACCAAA